AUGGCAUCUUACAGUGCGAAUGUUCCAGAGAUGGCAGCUGGUUUUCAUCCGACUAAGUCGGAGGAAUGGACAACAGAGAGGGUGAACCAACUAAAAGAGAAAAUAAGUGGGCUAUUUGAAGCUUGCACAACUACAGUUGAGCAACUCAACUUAGUGGACACGCUCCAACAUCUAAGUAUAGACCAUCAUUUCAACAACCAGAUUAACUCCGUUUUGACUAGCAUCCAUGGUGCCGAAUUCAACAGCGCUUGUCUCCAUGAUGUUGCCCUUCGAUUGCGCCUACUGAGGCAGCAAGGGUUUUGGGUAUCUCCAGAUGAAUUUAACAGGUUCAAAGACGGAAAUGGGAACUUUGAUGUUGGCAUAACAAAUGAUGCAAGGGGACUACUAAGUUUAUACAAUGCAGCUUACCUUUUCACUCAUGGAGAGGCAGAACUUGAGGAGGCUAUUUUAUUUGCCAGGCAACAUCUUGAAUCGAUGAGAAAUAACCUUGAAUACCCGUUAGCUCAGCAAGUGAACCGAGCCCUUCACCUACCGCUGCCACGGACCUUCAGAAGAGUUGAGGCUCUGCAUUAUAUCUCAGAGUACAAAGGAAGUCCAACACAUAUCCCCUCCCUUCUGGAGUUUGCACAACUGGAUUUUGACCUUUUGCAACGUCUCCACUUGAAGGAGCUCAAGGCUCUUUCUAGAUGGUGGAAAGAUCUUUACAAUGAAGGGGAAUUGACCUACUCACGGGAUCGUGUGGUUGAGUGCUACCUGUGGUCUUAUACAGCAUACUUUGAGAAAGAACACACAAGGGCAAGGAUGCUCCUUGCCAAGAUAAUCGCACUAAUAAUCCUGACAGACGACACUUACGAUGUUCGUGCUACUUUGGAGGAGUGUCGAAAAUUCAAUGAAGCUAUACAAAGAUGGGAAGAGAGUGCCAUUUCUCUUCUACCAGAUUAUCUGAAGAAGUUCUACCUCAAGCUGAUGAACAUCUUUAAGGAGUUUGAGGACGAGUUGGAACCACAUGAGAAGUACAGAGUCUCUUUUAGCAGAAAAGCGUUUCAAAUAUUAUCAAGUAAUUAUCUCCAAGAAGCGGAAUGGUUUCAUGGUGGUUACAAGCCAACAUUUAAAGAUCAAGUGAAGAUAUCUACUGUGUGCUCAGGUGCUCCAUUUGCAUCUGUUGGGUUACUAGUUGGCAUGGGAGACGAUGUAGCAACCAAGGAGGCACUUGAGUGGGCAAUCGGUUGCACAGAUGCUGUCAAGGCUUUCGCAGAGGUGACACGAUUCAUGAAUGACCUUGCUUCGUUUAAGCGUGGAAAGAACAAAAAUGACGUGGACAGCUCGGUCGAAUGCUACGUCAGUGAGCAUGGUGUUACAACUGAGGUUGCCUUUGCAAAGAUAAAUUCCCUGAUUGAAGAUGCAUGGAAGACUAUAAACAGAGCACGCUUUGAGAACAAUGAGCUACUUCCAGCAGUGCAACGAGUUGCCAACAUAACUGCCAGCAUGCCGUUAAUGUACGGUGAUAACAAGGACGCAUUCACAUUCAGCGACGGUCUCAAGGGGAUUAUCAAGCGCCUGUUUCUCAAGCCUAUCCUGCUCUAG